AUCCAACCCUUUUACAUUAAUAUUGUUGUCAUCUAAUUAAAGUUGGUCGUUUCAUCUUCUUACUCCGAUUCAAUCUCGUCUGCACCAGAAGAUUAUUCGUAAAGGAUUUGAAGAUGAGUAGCAGCAGCCUGGAGACGACGAGAGCAGAGCUAGGUCUACUAGUUGUGUAUUUGAACAAGGCGGAGGCGAGGGACAAGAUAUGCAGAGCUAUACAGUACGGAUCCAAGUUCGUGAGUGAUGGACAGCCUGGCACUGCUCAGAAUGUCGACAAGUCCACCAGCUUGGCCCGUAAAGUCUUCCGUCUCUUCAAGUUUGUGAAUGAUCUCCAUGCUCUCAUCAGCCCUGUCCCCAAAGGCACUCCUCUCCCUCUUGCUCUCCUCGGAAAGUCCAAGAACGCAUUGCUCUCUACCUUCUUGUUCCUCGAUCAAAUUGUCUGGCUUGGCAGGACUGGCAUUUACAAGAACAAAGAACGCGCUGAGCUUCUUGGACGUAUAUCCCUCUUCUGUUGGAUGGGUUCUUCCGCUUGCACAUCCUUAGUCGAGCUUGGGGAGCUUGGUAGGCUCUCUGCUUCCAUUAAGAAGCUUGAAAAAGAGAUCGGCAACAAGGAUAAACACCAAAAUGAGCAAUACCGAGCGAAACUGCAGAGAUCAAACGAGAGGUCAUUGGCUCUGAUCAAAGCCGGAAUGGAUUUCGUUGUUGCUUUCGGUUUGCUUCAAUUGGCUCCGAAGAAAGUCACUCCCCGUGUCACUGGCGCUUUCGGUUUCGCCUCCUCUCUUAUCUCUUGUUAUCAGUUGCUGCCAUCGCAUCCCAAGUCCAAGACGGUUUAAGAAAAGAUGAAGUAGAGUGUCCUAGUGUCUGGAUGUUCCUUAGUGUUCUUCUGCUUUAACUACUUUUGUGUUUGGUUUGUCCUUCCUACUUUUAUUUUGUGAUAAACGUUUCAGUCUGUUUGAAGAAUCUAUAUCUUUAUAUAUAAAGUUGACUCACCUC